UCAAAACCCACUUAUCAAUUUCUUAUUCCCAUAAAACAUACAAUGUUCCGCUCACAAGCAUUUCGCCUCACCGCACUCUCCAGACCAAGCUCAGUGUCUAGACUCUCCGUGCCAGUCGCAUCUCGCACAUUUGCAACCGUACCUCCCCCUCCGUCAGGUCAAAGCGCCCCAAACCCACAAUCGAAGUUAGGUUCCACUCCACCAGGUGGAAGCAGCAGCAACAAUGUAUGGCUCAUAACAGGAGGUCUCGCUGCUGCCAUCGGCGGGGUGUAUUAUUACUAUUCUCGUGCAGAUGUGGAUCUCAAUGAACGAAAGAAGAGGGAGGAGCGAGAAAUGAAACAGAAGGCGCGAGAAGUCACCGAUGCAGGCAAGUCCAGAGCAGAAGAGGCUCUCAAAGAGGGUCAGAAAACAUAUGAUGAAACCAAGGCCUCUGCGCAGGAGAAAUAUGCUGCCUCAAAGGGGCGCGCCGAAGAUACUACCAAUGAGCUAUCCGAACGAGCUCGUUCGGCUGCCAAUGAAGCACAAGGAAAACUUGGCAGUUACAAGAGUGCUGCAGAACAGUCCAUAGCAGAUGCAAGAAACAAGUCGGAGAAAACGUACGAAGAAACCAAGGACUCGAUGGCUGAAAGAGCAGAGCAGGCGAAGAACUCUGGAUGGAAUGUGUUAGGGUGGGGAAAGAAUAAGGCUGACGAGUCCAAGAGAAACGGAGCAGAGAAAGUUGCAGAAACAGCAGACGAUGUAAAGAAGAGAGCAGAGAAACAUACAUGACCGCACAAAUAAUUGCAUGACCACGUAUUCUUAUCUCCUGUACGUUGAUUCGAUUAUCUGUCAACAUAUCCCGAUAUUUCAGGCUG